AUGUCAUUAAGUUCACAAAUGCAUGCACAUUUUGCUCAACCUCUUCAAGCCGCUGCAGCAGCAGCUGUUGCAGCUGCAAUGGCUGUUAGUAAUUCAUCGGCAAGUUCGACAUCUGACAAUCAUCCUCUAACACCAAUUCAUCACACAGUAACAAAAACAGAGUGGAUGGAAUCUAUUGAACAACAACAUAUUGAACGUGCUACAUUGAAUCGUUUAAUUAUCAAUUAUUUAGUUACAGAAGGUUUUAAAGAAGCUGCUGAAAAAUUUGCUCAAGAAGCUGGUAUUCAGUUGACAAAUGUUGAUUUAACAAGUCUUGGCGAACGUAUUCGAAUUCGUGAAGCGAUUGAAAGUGGAAAUAUUCAUGACGCAAUUAAUUUAAUUAAUUUAAAAGCACCAGAAUUACUAGAUCAAAGUAGACAAUUGACAUUUCAUUUAAAACAACAACAAUUAAUUGAAUUGAUUCGUGGUAAUUUAAUUGAUGAAGCAUUAAAUUAUGCUCAGAUACAUUUGGCUGAAUUUGCUGAAGAAGAUGUUAAAAUGCGACAAGAACUAGAAAAAACUAUGGCAUUAUUGAUCUUUGACAAAGCUUUGGAAUCUCCGUACGGGUAUUUAAUGCAAUUAUCACAUCGACAGCAAGUGGCAAAUGAAAUUAAUUCAGCUCUAUUAAUAUAUCAAAAUGAUGAAUCAGAGUCAGAUUUAUCGGUACUCGUACGAAUGGCACAUUACAUGCAAGAUAAAUUAGAUCAAAAAAGUUUACGCUAUCCAAAGAUGAAUGAUAUUAGUAGUGGAAGAUUGGAAGAUCCAUAA